UGUGAAGUAGACAUCAUGAUGUUAAAACAGGAGUCUAAACAUGUACUAUGUGCAAAAAACUUGGUGAAAAAGGAUUUUUUCCGACUUCCUGAUCCAUUUGCUAAGGUGGUGGUCGACGGAUCUGGCCAAUGCCAUUCUACAGAUACUGUGAAGAAUACGCUUGAUCCAAAGUGGAAUCAGCAUUAUGACCUAUAUAUUGGGAAGUCAGAUUCAAUAACGAUCAGUGUAUGGAACCACAAGAAAAUCCAUAAAAAACAGGGAGCUGGUUUUCUGGGUUGUGUGAGACUUCUUUCAAAUGCAAUCAACCGCCUUAAAGACACUGGUUAUCAGAGGCUGGAUCUAUGCAAACUUGGGCCAAAUGAUAAUGAUACUGUUAGAGGACAGAUAGUAGUAAGUCUUCAAUCCAGAGACCGAAUAGGCACAGGAGGACAAGUUGUGGAUUGUAGUCGAUUAUUUGAUAAUGAUUUGCCAGAUGGUUGGGAGGAGCGGAGAACUGCCUCUGGAAGGAUCCAAUAUUUAAAUCACAUUACAAGGACAACUCAGUGGGAACGACCAACAAGACCAGCAUCUGAAUAUUCUAGUCCAGGCAGACCUCUGAGUUGCUUUGUGGAUGAGAACACACCAAUUACAGGAACAAAUGGUGCAACAUGUGGACAGUCGUCGGAUCCCAGAAUGGCAGAGAGGAGAGUCAGGUCUCAAAGGCACAGGAAUUACAUGAGCAGAACACAUUUACAUACUCCUCCUGACUUGCCUGAGGGAUAUGAGCAAAGGACCACUCAACAAGGUCAGGUCUAUUUCCUACAUACUCAGACUGGUGUAAGCACAUGGCAUGACCCAAGAGUACCAAGGGAUCUUAGCAACAUCAAUUGUGAAGAACUUGGUCCACUGCCUCCUGGAUGGGAGAUCCGUAAUACAGCAACAGGCAGAGUUUAUUUUGUUGACCAUAACAACAGAACGACACAGUUUACAGAUCCACGUCUAUCUGCUAAUUUGCACUUAGUUUUAAACCGUCAGAACCAACUUAAAGAUCAGCAGCAACAGCAGGUAGUAUCGUUGUGCCAGCUUCCAGAUGAGGCAGAAUGUCUGACUGUGCCAAGGUAUAAGCGAGACCUGGUGCAAAAACUCAAGAUUCUAAGGCAAGAAUUGUCGCAGCACCAACCCCAAGCUGGCCACUGUCGCAUUGAAGUCUCCAGGGAAGAGAUUUUUGAGGAGUCUUACAGGCAAGUCAUGAAGAUGAGGCCUAAAGACCUAUGGAAGCGAUUAAUGAUAAAAUUUCGUGGAGAAGAAGGUCUUGAUUAUGGAGGGGUUGCCAGGGAAUGGCUUUACCUGUUGUCUCAUGAAAUGUUGAAUCCAUAUUACGGCCUCUUCCAGUACUCACGAGAUGAUAUCUAUACGCUGCAAAUCAAUCCAGACUCUGCAGUUAAUCCGGAACACUUAUCCUAUUUCCAUUUUGUUGGACGGAUUAUGGGGAUGGCUGUGUUUCAUGGACAUUAUAUUGAUGGGGGCUUCACAUUGCCUUUCUAUAAGCAAUUGCUAGGAAAGCCAAUUACUCUUGAUGACAUGGAAUUGGUUGACCCAGAUCUUCACAACAGCUUAGUUUGGAUACUAGAAAAUGAUAUUACAGGUGUCUUGGAUCAUACGUUCUGUGUGGAACACAAUGCUUAUGGAGAAAUUAUUCAACAUGAACUGAAACCCAAUGGGAAAAGCAUCCCUGUCACAGAGGAAAAUAAAAAAGAAUAUGUCAGGCUUUAUGUAAACUGGCGUUUUUUACGAGGCAUUGAAGCUCAGUUUCUAGCACUGCAGAAGGGAUUUAAUGAAGUAAUCCCACAACAUCUGCUGAAGACAUUUGAUGAGAAGGAGCUAGAGCUCAUCAUUUGUGGACUUGGAAAGAUUGAUGUUAAUGACUGGAAGGCAAAUACUAGGUUAAAACACUGUACCCCAGACAGCAAUAUUGUGAAAUGGUUCUGGAAAGCUGUGGAGUUCUUUGAUGAAGAGAGGAGAGCACGAUUGCUCCAGUUUGUAACCGGCUCAUCCAGAGUGCCUCUUCAGGGUUUUAAAGCGUUACAAGGUGCUGCGGGGCCCAGGCUAUUUACAAUACACCAGAUCGAUGCCAGCACUAAUAACUUGCCGAAAGCUCAUACCUGCUUUAAUCGAAUAGACAUUCCUCCCUACGAAACCUAUGACAAGCUGUAUGAGAAGCUGCUAACCGCCAUUGAAGAAACAUGUGGGUUUGCUGUGGAAUGACCCUUUGCAGACUUACCUAUGACUCUAUUUAUACUCCUGUCAGCCAGAAAGCCCUCCCCUCAGCCAAGACUCAAGAAAUGCUUGAAAUACAGGAAUACUUUCCCGUUUUUCCUAAAGAACACUGUGAGGGAAAGGACAAUUUUGGAUUUUUUUUCAAGAAAAUAGGUUCUGUGGCUCUUGCCAUGGAACCAUUCAGCUGCUAUUAAAAACUAAUAUCUUGAAGAUACAGAAUGCUGACUUUUACAUUUCAACAGUUAAGCAGUAUUCUACACGUAAAGACUACUACUAUUUUUGUAAAGCUGUUAACUAUUCUAUUUGCCUACCUGAUUUCUAUUCUCUCAGACAACAAGACUGAAUUUCAGCAGUCGGUACCAAUCACGUUUCACCUUGAAUAAACAUACUGAACAGUGUCUAUACUUGUUAUUUUUUUAAAAUUUGGAUUAUUCUAACUUUGCAUAAAAUUGACUAAAAGAAUCAUUAAUCUUUUUAAUUACAGCCACUUACAUGUUAACUACGUUUUCUUAUAAUGAAAUAUUGUAUUCUGCAUUAUAUGGUCAACUUAAAUGUUACCCAGAAUGGGGCUUUUUAUAUUUUUCAAGCAUGAAUUACAGACAUGAAAUUCUGGGUCCUGUUUCUAUCAGUCGUCAAGAUUCCUAAGCUGAAUGAAAUGCUGCAUUUGGUACAGUACUUUGUGUUAAACAUGGAAUAGACCCCUUUUUUAAAGAGUGUUGGUCAUUUAGUUUUUUUAAACAAGCAUUUUUGUAACAAGUUGAUAUUGUCAAAAGUAUUUUUGGUUUGCUUUCAAUUUAAAACAGAAAUGCGACAUUUUUUAAAAAUCCUUAAAGCAUGCUGAUGAGGUGAUGUUGACAGUCUUCUGCUGGCCAUCAGUUCAUGUUUCAGAACCCAUUGUAUCUGUCUGAUGAACCAAAGUUUUUUAUGUUCAGAUGCAGCCAAUUCACAUUGUGUACUUGUUGAUGCUUACAGACUUAUCAGGUAAACCAUGUUUAAUCUUUGUUUGGCUGCUCAUGUCCCAUGGGUUUGUGUAAGUUACAACAAUGGAAGAGUAACUAACUCAAACUGUUAGUAAAGUUCAUCUAUUAACCAACAUGCAUGAUGUUGAUGUGCUUUGAAAAUGAAGUGGUUAAAGCACAACCUUGUCACUGGUUGUAGAACUCAGAGUAAAUAUAUGCAAGAGUUUAAAAUGUUGGUUGGUUAAUUCAAAUGGGAACUAACCUGGGCUGCUCAAAUGAGUAUCCUACUGUGAGGGCAGCAUGCUGUCUUCAUGGAGCAUGGGAAAUGUUAAGCUACUCACUGCCCAGUUUUUCUAUCCACAUUCUUCUGCAUGAUCGGUAGGUAAUGUGUAACUGGCAUUUUGCCUGCCUUCCUGCACCAUCAUGAGGGCAGCCACGUUUGGAGGGAAUUUCAAAUUUUUCUAAUCAGUGUUUUAAAAUUGGUUUUAUAAUUAAUCACCAUAAAUGUGCACUAGUUUACAUUGGAAAACAAGCCUAAUGAGCUUACUAAGACAAUGGGAUGUAAACAGUUAUUUCCUUUCACAGUACAAGUUAAAUAAUGAAACAGUGAUUUUUUUUAAAAUCUAUUUUAUGUAGUUUGUGAAUCUGUCAACACAUGAAUUCAUUCUGCCAAAUCUGACUGCUACAGCACAUAAGUUGUUAAUGGUCUAUGUUUAUUAGAAUGACUGGUUAAAAACCUAAUAGUAUGUCUAUUGGAGAGCAGCCUUAACAAGAUCAUACCAUCGUUGGUAGCCCAAAAUCUACAGUUUUCACUUAUUUUCCUCAGUAGACUGAUUGCUAAGAAACAUACCAGCCUGGGCUCGUGCACAGUGGGCAGGUUAGGUCAGUGCACUGGAAGCAGCCAAGAGAUCUGCUUUGGCAGCUGGGCUGGGAGUCUGCCACACAUUUUUCCUCAUUUUGAGGACUUGCUGGGCUCAUUCAAGUUGAGUGGUAAUGGCCUCUACAAAAACCUUCCCAACCUCAGAGGCUAUGAGUUGGAUUGCUCUCUAGAAACGGGUUAACCUGUAUCACUUCGCAGGCUGGAAACAUCAUUAGUGAUGUGCAAGGGUUUGGCAUGCGAGGUUGUGGGGGACAGUUUCACUACAUCCCCCAUCCAAAAGGAAGAAGCAGUGCUGCCUAUUGACAGCACCACUCUGGGAGAAGUGGCUGUUUGUUAUGUGGCUGGGAUUUUUUUCUAGACAAGUCUCAUCCUAUGUGACUCCCUUCACCCUGCAAGCAGCUCUUCCCUGCAGUGUAUUAACACAACCAGGCCUCAUCCAGGUGAAAGGGCAAUGCAGGUCUGAGAUACCUGAGGACCCAGCCCUGGAACACAGAGCACAAACACUGCAUUCCCCACAUUCAGCUGCUGCAGCUCAAUGCCUCUUUGGAGCUGCCCAUGUACAAGGUCUCUUGAUGGCCUCUGCUGAUCCCUCUGCUGCUUCAGGUAUGCAUCUCCCUCCUGACUAUAGUCUACUCCCUGAACUAAGCACCCGGAAAACACACCUAUAGCCGGCCCAGAUCCCAUCAGCGUGUAUUAUAGGUUUGAGAUGUUGAAUCCAAUGUAGGGGUUUAUUGGAAUUUACAAGCACGUACACGCACACAAAAACCCUGUAUGCCGUCUAACCCAAUUUUUGAAGUUACAUGGUAGUUUUAGCUGUGGGUGCAUUGCUUUCCUGCUAAGCAUUUUAGUAUUGUGUAAUCUCUGUACUACCACCAGUUUAUUGUUGGAAAAUCUAUAUGGAUAGACAAAAUUAAUAUCUCUACAUCUUUGACUAGUUACAAUGAAUAUAUCAAAUAUUUGGAGUGCCUUUUUACCUUCAUGACAAGUAAGAGCUUUAAAUAAAGCACCUCAACUGGCCAGAAAUUUAAUACAUUUUGCAAAGUAGUGACCCAUGAAGGUUUAGUUCCAAAAUUGUCAGCCAUUUUCCCUCAAACUGGUGCUAAGCCCUAUGAUGCAUUGAACCUUGGACUUUCACCCCAUGAUUAAUGUGAAUAUUUAUUUCAGCUUCUCCUCCUUUCUGGGUUUUACUUUAUCCAUUCUUGAGUUGCAUUAAAGUCAUUUUAGAGAAAUGCUGCAUCAUGUUUUCAUGCUGUUGCUUUUCAUUAUGAAUGUUUAAUUAUGAACAGUGACUGUUCUGUAGAUUUCAAAUAUACAGCACAUAGUUGAGUUUCAGAGGAUUUAAUUUCUCGGUGUAAAGAGUUUUGUAAUGGUGCUUUGUACAGUAUGUAUUCUAAUUUUUUUUGCACAUAGGUUCAGCUUCUCUAAACUGAUUUAUUUUUUUCCAUUUUUGUUAUACUAGAGUCCAGAGCACACAAGUUUUCCUUUUGUAUUUUUGUUCAACAGCGCUACAUCUGUAUUAAACUUCUGGUGCGUUUAAAAACUGGUUCCAUUGAUGGAAGUAAAAACUUUGCUUUUAUAUCAAAAGUAUGCAUCAUACAGCUUAAUAUAGCAUGCUCACGUUGCUUCAGAUUUUAAACUGCACCACAGAGUUAACAGGUGCUCUUUGUUGUAUUUAACACUAUAUACUAGGUUUUUGACUAUCACAUCCCAAGCUUUGUCUGUAGCUGUAAUUAGUUUAUAUACAAGUAUAAUUCCCCUCCACAAACUGAGUUUUAUUUUCUCAUUUCCAUUAUAUUUAUUACAGAGUGUUUUUAGCAUUGAUGUUCAUUGUAUUGCCAUCCGUUACAUGAGCUUUAACAAAACAUCUGUAUAAAAUGGUUUAAAAAAACUUAAUGUACCCAUGCAGAAGUUGAGCAAUAAAUGGUAUGCUGUUUGCACUGUCACAGCAUCAAUGGUUUAAAA